AUGAUCCAGCAAACCACAGUAUAUCAGACACGCCAACAAUCACGACGACGUACUACAAAAGACAAGGCUGCCAAACAGGUCACCAGAGCCCGUCUUGGGAUUUCUAAUCACGUCCAAGCAAAUAAACUGGAAAAGACCACAGGUAUGCCUGCCAAAGGGUUGCGAGGAAACACAGGGCCGGCAGCUGCAGGGGCACACCACAUAAAACCAUGUGCCGCCGUGAGUGGUGCUCAUGCCCGAUCAAAUACGCUGGAAACCACACGUAUGCCUGCCAAAGGGUUGCGAGGAAACACAGGGCCGGAACUUGCAGGGGCACACAACAUAAAACCAAGUGCCGCCAGGGGUAGUGCUCAUGCCCGAGCAAAUACGCUGGAAGAGACCACGGGUAUGCCUGUAAAAGGAUUGCAAGGAAACACAGGGCCUGCAGCUGCAGGGGCACACAACAUAAAACCAAGUGCCGCCGUGAGUGGUGCUCAUGCCCGAGCAAAUACGCUGGAAGAGACCACGGGUAUGCCUGUCAAAGGACUGCAAGGAAACACAGGGCCGACAGCUGCAGGGGCACAUCAAGCAAAACCAAGUGCCGCUGUGGGUGGUGCUCUGCCAUUGUUGCGUGGGCUUGGCAAAAACAGGACCACAACUGUGGAGGCCACCAAUGCAACAAAUUAUCAUGGAGCCUACACAUGCGAGAACUUACAGCGUGUUCAAAGUCUUGAUUUUGAGCCUGUUCAUAACAACAACCACAAUGAAAAUGAAAACGAAUAUGUCAUCAAUGAAAAUGAAAUCGAAUAUGCCAUCAACGAUCCAGAUAUUGUCCUGCUGCCCCCUACCAAUGACCAAGGACUUGUUGAAGCUAGGCCAAUCAUGGAGGAAUCUGAGAUCUGUGCGUUGGACUAA